GUCGACUGCCUGACUGACUAACAGAUUGACUGACUGACUGUCUGUCUGACGGACUGACUGAUAAUGUUUAGCUAACCAUUUCACAGUCCUAUCCGUACCUGCUAAUCAACGAACGAGCUAACAAACAAACCAAAGAAUGAAAUCAGAACCGGAAUCUGCUUUCGCGAUUAUCUUGUGUUCGGCUUCUUUUUGCAGGUCAAGCAUUGUGAGCAAGAACUUAAAAUUCCCGGAAACAAAGCCUCUAAGCUUUUCACGUACAUGGCCAUAACAUCUUUCAUCAGUCGCAACGUAUUCUGCAAACUAGGAGACUUACGAUACUUCAAAAGAUUCCAUCUUUAUCAAGGAGGCGUAACAAUAUAUGGAUUGUGUGUCCUAUGUCUGCCAUUAGCCAGAUCGUUCACCUCUGUUCUAGCCAUUUUCAUCGUGUUGGGACUAACGGAAGGCGCUAUGCUGGGGCAGUUGUCCCUUCUUGUUUUGGAGUGUUGUGGAAAACACAAAGUCAAUCAAGCGUGGGGUUACAUAAUCUUUUUCACUGGUGUGAGUUUUGGUAUCGGGUCUCCAAUGGCUGGUUUGAUGGCUGACAAGCUUGGUUCGUACAACGUCACGUUUUACACUGCGGGCGCAAUACUGAUAGCGGGAGCUUCCAUUAUAUCGCUUAAAGCGUUUGUAAAACAACAAACUGAAGAUGCUGAAGAAACGGAGUCCUACGAUGAAGAACUUUUAGUCACUGAAAAACUUACAGUGGUUUAAAUGUGUUUAGUCCAUGCAGGGUAGCCUUAAUAUUGCCAGCAAAUUCUUCGCCUGUUGUUUCUUCUUACCUUUUCCAGCUUUCUCUAGUGACUUCUAGGGUGUUCUUUGUACGAUAUUAGCUCUUGGACGUCCACUUCGCCACACAAAGAUUUUUGAUGGAUCGAACACUUCCCCACUUUUUGUUGUAAUUGGAUAAAUCAAAAUUGUUUUGCGUUUCAUCUCUUGGCCUGCUCUACAAGAUAAGAUAUUCUCUGUUCCUGGUGACGUCAUAUGACGUCACAUGACAUAAUUAAGUCCGACAUUUUUGAUAUGGUUAUGGAUUGAUAUAGACAUCUUGGAUUUCUCUAUUCUUAGAAAGCCAGAAAAUGACGUAAAUUGAUGGAAAUUAAAACACAAAGGCAGUAAAAUAAAUGGAGGUACUAAUUCUGCAAUACUCGGCAAGAAACGUAAAACGUACCAACGUAGUCAAUAUGUUAAGAUUGAUUGACAGGCUGCGUGUUGAUUUUAAGACAAACGACAUGCUAAUUUUGUCUACCAGGAAUAUAUAUAUAGUUAAUAUAAAUAAUAUUGAACGUAAACCUUUCGUUAAAUGUUUAGGUGUUUACACAGACGAAUUUCUUAACUGGGAACUUUAGAUCCAGCCCGUGAAUAGCCAAUUAGCAAAGAAUAUAGAAAUAAUUUAUAAAUUACGGAAUUAUGUUGAGCAACAUUUCCUCAAACCAUAAUAUUAUACUCUAAUUUACCCCCACUUGAAAUCUCGAGUUCAUAAUCUAAUUGUUAAAUAUGCCUAAUCAUAUAUUUAUAUGUAUACUAUUAACGUUAAAAAUUCAGCUAUGUACGCAGUAGAAAUCUGAAUAAGAUUGCACCCUUUGGUCAUAAAAUUCAAAAUAAAUGAUAUCGAUAGAACGAGUAUUCCAGCUGUUUUCUUUGGCGGUCUUACAUCAGUGUCAGACAUCCAUCACCGCAACAUCCGGUAUGCAUCAAAUCGAAACCUUUACAGGCCAAAAACAUCAGCUAGACAUGGACAUUUGGCAUUCCAAUUUUGUGCAUCAAUAAAUUUGCGGGGAAUCACACGAUAUAAUUCCUUUAAGAGGUAGUAUAAGCAGCGCUUCUUAAAUACUUAAAAAAUACAUUUAAUAAUAGUCUCUUGUAGGAAUGCAAUGUUUAUAUAUUUUUCUUUAAUGUAUUUCAGUAAUGUAUUGUUCUGUAUGGCUUAACAUGGUGGCGACCAGCUCGAAAGCCAAUGACUACUCUGGUUACCAGGCACAUAUCGUUUUAUCUUUUCCAUGACCAUAUAUAAAAAGCUCGAUUGGCUAUAACGGAAUUCGUCAUUUACAACAAUAACAACUUUCAAAACAAAACAGGUAGAUAACAGUUUAACGAAAGACUAUCGCUGGUAGGAGUUAAACUUUAACGCUUAUCGCCGUUAUGAUCUUACAACAAAAUAGCAGGUUUUUGUUACGGUUAAUAAACUGGAACAGUAACCUGUAACUUAGAAAUGCUAAACGAACGAAAACAAAUAUAUCUACGUUGGAUUUCUAUAUUUCUGAUAGCGAAAGCGAAUAUGCAAAACAUACUAAAUUAUUUGAUUUUCUCUCCUCACACAUAGCAGUAACCUGGUUUUUAUACCUUAUAUCAUACAUCAUAAAAAUGUAUUAUGUUUCCCAUUGACGGAUCGUCAGGGUUUUGUCUACAAUGACAAUUUUAAACGUGGAAGACUUUAUACUAUAGGUAUUCGAGUCAAUUGGCACGCCAUGACGGGAGCUAACCAUGUAGACUCGCCGCCCAGAAGAGAAGCACAGGAAGGCUGGGAGGGGUCGUGAACUUGUGACUGUGUGGCUAGUGGCAAGGAAGUUGAUCUACGAAUUCUAAAGGAGGAAUUUGUCUCGUUUCUCUCUCUGAAGUUCAAUUGAACGACCAAGCACGGUCUUCUUGAGGUAAGGAAAUAUUUUACGUUCUUUCUACCAUCAUUGUUCAUGCGUGCAGCGCUGAAGACAACAUUCUAGUACUUGGGAGUCAUACUUUGUAUAGACGUUAUCCUGUACUAUAUACCAAUCGCACAUGAAACCCCGCAGACCUCAAAGAAAAAAGCAAAGAUACCGACAGUUUAUUGUUGGAAGGUCCGUGAGCGUGCACGAUCUUUUGUUGUAAUUGCGUUCAAACACCAUGC